GACGAACAGCACAAACGAAGUCAUCAUGCGGCAACCUACCUACCUCGUUUGGCGGCCAAAGCAGCACAGAACCUGAGAAGCGCCACAUACCAACCACGCUUCCACGAACGAAUUCGCGUCCAAGUCGAUUUAGCCUCCAUCCGCCCAAAUGUCCCCGCGCCGAAAGAUAUUCAAGCUUUCUGGGGCACAUUUGCGUGGGCCGACAACCCCUGGAUACCGGACAGCAAUGCACCAUCACUCCAGCGCAGCAAAUACGACCGAAUCAAGGUGACAUCAAUUGCAAAUUUAAGUAUCGUCAGAGCUUCUGAAGAUGUUUAUGAGGUGAGAGUGCCCACUGCGGAUGGGUUCCCGGCCGGUCACACCAUCGCAAAGCUGGAGCGGUGGCUCAUAGCCAUUCUACUCAGUUCACCCAGGCUCGACAUCGGUCAACAGCUAGGACGACCGCCCGCUCUGGUGCUCAGACGGCCUCCUUCACUCAGUACCAGCUAUACAUGGUCGGUCGAGGUGGAAGGUUCUACUGUACGCGGAAUCUCCAACAACGGAUCGGCAACUCUCAUGCUGGAGCAGAAGCCGCGGCAUUGA